AUGAGCACAUCAACGCCCAAUGUCGUCAUUUCCUCUCCUUCUUCGCCAAUACACGCUCCAAAUCCAUUGAUCUCGAGCGCGAAACAGCAAAACGACUUGUCAGCUAUUCCUCUUGAUGACCUCGCACAUACAAACGGUGACGCUGUACCGAGUAAACUCGCUCAGGACGGCGAACACUUGCAGUCUUCCGCGGACAGGAAGGGCAAAGGCCGGGCGAAGCCGACCGACACGGUGGACGAGCUCGAGAAUUACGAUUUGACAGAGCAGGCGUACGAGGACGAGGAGAAUAACAGAGUCCAAGAGGCGUUCGAAUACGGGGAAACAGACGCAGACGUGAGAGCCCAAGGAGCAUAUCCGCCCGUUGGAGAUGACGAACUGGAAGAACGACGGAUUACAGAGAAUCUGAAAAGGUGGGAAGAAGCAGAAAGACUGCGUCGAAAAGCGCAGCGUGAGUCGAUACGCACGUCGACUUCGAGUUCACUCGUGGGUGACGUCGGCCGGCGGGCGAGCAAGCUGUGGAAGGAUGGUGCACAACGACGCUCUAGUUUGCGUAAAGGUGCGACGAGGUUGCGCGACGACGUGUCAUUUGAUGAUCCGCCGUCCCGUCGCACCAGUGGCACGACGGCACACGGCACAGAUGCCGUGGGUAACGGAAACGCUUAUGGAGAGGCGACGAGUAGGAGUACGACCCUUAGCUUGCAAGAACGGGAACACGACCGGUCUUCGCCGUCCUCACCCACCCCGCUCGUCUCCAAUAAUCCGUUUGCGACUCCACGAGGUGGGAGCCCCUCGUCGUUUAUUGACGAGCACUCUUCCUCGAAAUACUAUGCGAGGAGUAAAAGUCCAGAGGAUAUGAGUGUCCGAGGAGCACUCAUGGAAGAAACGUCGAAUCCACCGACUCCUGGAAUACCAACUACGACUUCUGACCAAGAUCCAGAAGUCGGCGACAGGCCCGUUUUGCAAGCUUCGACGUCGUACAGUGGAGAGGCACAGCGAAAUAGACCCAAAAGCCAGUUGCCGCCACCACAACAACUCGACCUGCCACAAGAGGUGAAAAUAUCCAAAGCACCAGGUCGCACAUCCUCUCCAGUGGUCGUGGAGAGGUCGCGGGCGGAGAUUCUCGAAGACGAGGAGCGAGAGGCUCGAGAGGCUAGAGAAGGUCGAUGGUGGACAGACUGGCUCUGUGGCUGCAGAGAGGAACGUCGAUUGAAUCAAGACCAGGCUGGCGCCACCAAUCCAUUUGAGUGA